UGAAAAAAGUAAACAAAGGGGCAUCGCCAUCCCACAAGGCAAACAUAACUUACAGGCUGAACCAUGACUAGAAGACUUUUCGGCUCUAAGAAGCAUCACCCGGAUGUACAUAGAGUCGAGCUGAUUAAGUCCGAACCCGUCUUCUAUUGCCCAUCCUAAACGCCGCAAGUUUACUUGUUGCAACCCCGCUUCCACUCUCUUGUCCCUCGCUAAAGAAAACAACCCCGCAUUUCCCGCCCCCUAACCGUACCCCUUCAAGCCACGUGAUUACGAACAACAUGCCCAACUUGGAAAAUACCUAGGUUCUCCCUGUUCAGCCCGUCCAUCCAUGAAACCGCCAAAGUUCAGCUGAAAGCUAAACAACCUCGACAAACCCCCCAGCUUCGUACACUUGACCACUAGCAUAAAGCGGGGUAGAAACCAAUACCUUCCUGCAUGCAGUUACGGCCCGCUCGUCCUGUCAUGUAUAAAGUGACCUCGGGAGGAUGCGAGACAUCUGCUGCAGUUUUGGUACUGUUUUGCGAGUCUCUUAUUGUUUACGAGAUUAAGGCUGGCUGAGAUUUUGUUGGGUUCUGCUCUACUGCGAAAGGAAAUUUGGUAUUUUAAGGGCCGUUUCUCAUUUAAGAAAGGCUCCGCUGGUAGUCGUGUUGACGUUGUCUGUGUUACUCACUGCUGCCCGCUUCUGGUGUACCACUGGGUCGGUUACAGAGAGUCUUCUGAAGAUCCCGAGACAAAAUUUCAAGGGGACCCGAAUUGAGGCCCAUCUCAAAACUUCGAUAUGGCACUCCAAGUCUCUGGCAAAACAGCUCUCGUAACAGGAGGUGGAUCCGGCAUCUGUCUUGCAUUCACCAAACUCCUUCUUGAGAAUAACUGCAACGUCCUCAUCGCCGAUCUUCAAUUGCUCCCAGAGGCUGAAGCUCUCGUCAAGUCAUCCGCUGCCGCUACAAAUGGUAACAGCAAUGGAGUGAACGGAGGAGGUAAAGCGCGAGCCGUCUUCCAGAAGACUGAUGUUACAGAUUGGGGACAGCUGGAGAAAGCGUUCGAGAGAGUGAUCAGUGAGUUCGGAAGCGUGGAGUUAGUCGUUCCCGGCGCAGGGAUUUUCGAACCGUCCUGGUCCAACUUCUGGAUCCCCAACCCCAAAACCAACUCCUCCUCCAAUCCCCAAGACUCCACCUUCAAAACCCUCGAAAUAAACCUCACCCACCCCAUCCGCGCCACCCAACUCGCCCUCGACAUCUUCAAACGGCAAUCCCCCUCCCCAGCCUCAACCCGCCACACAAUCCUCCACAUAACAUCCAUCGCCGCACAGCUCCCUCUCCUGCCCGUUCCCCUUUACGCAGCCUCCAAAGCAGGCAUCUCAUCCUUCAUCCGCUCUCUCGGCCCGCUAGAGCAGCAAUCUAAUAUCCGCGUUGCGGGCGUGGCGCCUGCGAUUGUGAAUACGCCGAUUUGGAGCGAGAGGAGGAAUUGGGUGGAUGAGAAGGUCGAUGCGUGGAUUAGGCCGGAGAGGAUUGCAGAGGUGAUGUUGAGUGUUGUGCAGGGUGAGGAGUAUGUGGGUGGGACGGUGUUGGAAAUUGGGUUGGAGAGUACGAGGUUGGUGGAGGGGUUGGGGGAUAAGGGGCCGGAUAUGACUGCGAAGGGGUAUAGUGUAGGUGGUAUUGGCGAAGGGGUUGUUGGGACUUUCGGGUUGCUGGAGAAGAAUUUUGGGAAGUGAUUGAUUCAUUGACUGCUUCACGAGUUGGUUGAUCGCUCAAUAGCGAAACUCGAGUGUAAUUGAAUGGGAUUCUGGGGUCGUGCUGAUUUAUGUUUGAUUUUACAUCUGUUUCUAUGAUUGACUGUGCUGUACUGUGUCUUUGUUUGAGAGUGC